GCCGCGCAGUAGGGCCAGUGGAGGAAGGAGGAGGAGUCAUGGCGGUCUUGUCGUGGAGACCUGGGGAGGCUGGACAGUCCCCCGCGUUCACGAAAUAGGGCCUCCGGGGCCCGACCAGCAGGCAGGCAAGGAGGAGGGGAUCUGAGCUCUCCGCCAAUCAGGAGUUGCGGGGUGCGUCUCCUUGACAACGGCUCGCCUUUUCCACUUUUCCUCCCCCCGCCCGCGGAACUAAAUAUGGGGCGAGGUGGUGUCGGGAUCGCCAGGUGAGCGGGCGGCGCGGGUUCUGAGGUUCUCGCCCCGACCAGCCAUCGCCCUCUCUCUGGCCUCAACUUCCCCCUCUGAAUUGGGGAGCAAACGACCUGCCAUUCCGAGUGAAGUCGUCGGCGACUUGAAACCAACAGGGACAGGAAGUCACACACGUAUCCCGCCAGCUUCCUGACCGUGCGACCUGAGCAGUCGCACAGGGUCCAGCGCUCAGAAGGGACCCAGGCUUGGCUUCAUCCUCUGCCGUGGCCGUCUUGAAAUUCUUAGUAAGCUUUGAACGCGGGACCCCGCGUUUUCAUCUUGCAUCGCAGCGGGUCCUGGAGAUGGCGCCUUGAUGACUUGCGCAGUCUGCACACCGCCGCGGCUUCUGCAGCAUUCAGGACAGGGACUAGUAUAAUGUCAGCGCACCCUGAAUAUCGGGACCCAGACAUGGAGCUGCGGGAAGAGGCCUGGUCUCCGGGGCCGCUGGAUUCCGAGGACCAGCAGAUGGCCAGCCACGAGAACCCAGUGGACAUCCUCAUCAUGGAUGACGACGACGUCCCCAGCUGGCCCCCGACCAAGCUGUCCCCGCCCCACACGGCCCCCCCAGCCGGCCCCCCGCCCCGGCCGCGGCCGCCCGCCCCCUACAUCUGCAACGAGUGCGGCAAGAGCUUCAGCCACUGGUCGAAGCUGACGCGACACCAGCGCACGCACACGGGCGAGCGGCCCAACGCCUGCAGCGACUGCGGCAAGACCUUCUCGCAGAGCUCGCACCUGGUGCAGCACCGGCGCAUCCACACCGGAGAGAAGCCCUACGCCUGCUCCGAGUGCGGCAAGCGCUUCAGCUGGAGCUCCAACCUCAUGCAGCACCAGCGCAUCCACACGGGCGAGAAGCCCUACGCCUGCCCCGACUGCGGCCGCAGCUUCACGCAGAGCAAGAGCCUGGCCAAGCACCGGCGCUCGCACAGCGGCCUCAAGCCCUUCGUGUGCCCGCGCUGCGGCCGCGGCUUCAGCCAGCCCAAGAGCCUCGCCCGCCACCUGCGGCUGCACCCGGAGCUCUCGGGGCCCGGCGUGGCGGAGGUGCUGGCGGCCAGCGUCCGGCGGGCCAAGGCGCCCGAGGAGGCGGCGGCGGCGGACGGCGAGAUCGCCAUCCCGGUGGGCGACGGCGAGGGCAUCAUCGUGGUGGGCGCGCCGGGGGAGGGGGCGACGGCCGCGGCGGCCGCAGCCAUGGCCGGCGCGGGAAGCAAGGCGCCCGGGCCUCGGUCGCGGCGCGCGCCGGCCCCCAAGCCCUACGUGUGCGUGGAGUGCGGGAAGGGCUUCGGGCACGGGGCCGGGCUCCUGGCCCACCAGCGGGCCCAGCACGGGGACGGGCCGGGGGCGGCGGGAGGCGAGGAGCCCGCCCACAUCUGCGUGGAGUGCGGGGAGGGCUUCGUGCAGGGCGCGGCGCUGCGGAGACACAAGAAGAUCCACGCCGUGGGCGCGCCCUCGGUCUGCAGCAGCUGCGGACAGAGCUAUUACCGGGCUGCGGGCGAGGAGGAGGAGGAAGUGGAGGAGGAGGAGGCUGCUGCCGGCGGGCGCUGCGGCGAGUGCCGCGGGGAGGGCCGGUAGGGGCGGGCGAGCCCGGGGCGGCGGGCAGGGCCCCUCGGGCUUGGCGGGGACCGCUGGUGCAAGACCCGGAGACCCAGGGAGAAACGGACCGGGGGCCGCAGCGUCUCGCCUCCCCUGCGCUCCCUUUGCGGCCCACGCGGUGCCAGGGGGCCCGAGCGGGCGGACCUUGCGCUGCGCCCGGCCCUCUCCCAGCCCCUCCCGGGGUCUCCUCCUGGGAGCCGGAGACAGACGACGCGCGUGAGCGAGUUUUAGAGACCAAGAGACAGCAAAUGCCACAUAUGGAAGGUCAUUUCCCUCUUCCUCUUCCGGCGCCGUCCGGUGUUGCAAGGAAUGGAGAGAAACUGGCCCUUUCCGUUUUGAGGGGUCCCAGGGAGGGAAGGGAAAGAGGAGCCCCUUUCUCUUGUAGAAUUUUCUUUUAAUCGCACCCACCCAGCUGACCCAUCUCUCCCCGGAGUAUUUUCCCCCCCGCGUGUCCCGUUUUUUCUAGCCCGAGUGCAGCCGCCUCUCCCCGUCCUGGGUUGGGGGUGGCGAAGGAGUGAGGAGGCAGAAACUGCCCGUUUAAGGGUUGCCCUCAGAGAAUGGGAUGCCCGUCUCCGUUCCCCGGCCUGGCGAGGUGGGAAGGGGCGCCGGGGGCAAUAAAUCGCACUAGCCAAUUGUG